CUCUCCCUUCGCGUAUUCUGUAUCUGUCUGCUACCGUUGAAGCUAGCUUGUUUGGCCGCGAAACUCUCUACAAUGGCGGCUUUCCUUCUUCUCUCUUCUCCUUCUUUCACCUGCCACAGGAUGAGCGAAAUCUGUCUUUGCAUGCAGUCCUUGCAGUUGCAAAAGGGCACCACAUGCUCCUCAGUUAGCCUCCAAAAACAGAAAUGUAAUAUCAAGCUUUAUGCGGUACCUGUUAGAGCCUUUUCUUGUCGAUUUGCGUCGACUGGUUCUGCUUCUAGUAGAGCUGAUUUGGGCAGUCAGAGGAAACAUAUUGCUUCUGCCUUCACUGUUCCAAAUGGGUAUCAGAGUAGGGCUGGUCACAUGCACUACCGUACUGAUGGGAACAGCACGAGUGAAUUUGAGGGUCAGUUGGACGAAUUAUUCAACGAAGUCAGAAUGCUGAUUGUUAGCGGAAGGAAGAAUGAUGCUGUUGAGCUACUUCAAGCAAAUUAUGAAGCUGUAAAAGAACAGAUGGAAUCAGGUGCUAGUGGCAUUGAACAAGCUGCUGUUCUUGACAUCGUGGCUUUGGGGUAUAUAACUGUUGGAGACUUGAAGUUUGUUGCUUCUAUACUGGAUAUAUUGAACAGCAUUGUUGACAGUCUGAAGGACAGUGAACCUUUUCUGGAUUCAGUGCUUCUGCAUAUGGGGAGCAUGUACUCAACUUUAAAAAAGUUAGAGAAAUCAGUGUCUGCGUACAAAAGGGCUAUUGACAUCAUAGAGAAGAAAAGUGGCCAAGACAGUAGCUUUCUCAUCACUCCAAUUUUAGGGAUGGCCAAAGUUCUUGGUACCAAUGGAAGAACUACCAAAGCAGUAGAGUGUUACCAUCGUGCAAUUUCAAUUUUGGAAUCAACCAGAGGCUUUGAGGACGAGGAUUUGGUUAUACCUUUAUUUAGUCUGGGCAACCUUUUGCUCAAAGAAGGAAAAGGCAAGGAUGCCGAAACUUGUUUUGCUAGGAUUAUGAACAUAUACAAAAAGUUAUAUGGAGAGAAAGAUGGAAAAGUUGGAAUGGCUAUGUAUUCUCUGGCUAAUGCGAAGUGUGCAAGAGGGGAAGCAGACGAAGCUAUUACCUUAUAUAGAAGAGCUUUGCAGAUUAUAGAGGAUUCAAAUUAUAUGGCUUUAGAUGACAGCGAGAUGGAGAAGAUGAGGAUUGAUUUGGCAGAACUACUACAUGCUGUAGGAAGACGGAAGGAAGGCAGGGAACUUCUGGAAGAGAGCUUGUUGAUCAAUGAAAAGUCGAAAGGAAAAGACCAUCCCAGCUCAGUGAAACACCUUGUAAACCUUGCAGCUUCUUAUUCACGGUCAAAGAAUUACGCCGAGGCCGAGCGUUUACUGCGAAUCGGAUUAAACAUUAUGGUAAAAGCAGUGGGACCAGAUGAUCAAUCAAUUACAAACCCAAUGUUGAAUCUCGCUGUCACUCUUUACAAUCUAAAACGAGACGAUGAUGCCGAGCAACUUGCACUAGAAGUCUUGCGAAUACGGGAAAAUGCAUUCGGAAAAGAUUGCCUUCCUGUUGGUGAAGCUCUAGAUUGUCUGGUUUCCAUUCAGAGCAGGCUCGGAAAGGACGAAACCGAGCUACUGAAGCUGCUCAAGAGAAUUCUAAGAAUCCAGGAGAAAGCGUUCGGGUACGAGGCAAAAGAAGUCAUUGACACCCUCAAGAAAAUAGUAUUCUACAUGGAUAAAUUAGGAUUGAAAGAUGAGAAGUUUCCAGUUCAGAAACGACUGUCCAUGCUUCGAAUGAAAUUCAAGAACCAGAUGCAAUACUAACGGUACUCAUCACUCAUCCAUCUUUCUUAAUCUUGUGAUUAUAUUUUCCCUUCUUUAAGUUAGAGAUGAGGUUUCUGGGUUAACUAUAUACAUAGAUUGCAUAUACUUCGAUGGUCGUAUCGAUUUAGUUAUGAUAUAUCCCGAGCUUACUUUGAAUUGUGAUUCUAUGUAGUUCCUAAAAAGAGUUAUAAUAUAUCCCGAGCUUGCUUUGAAUUGUGAUUCUAUAUAGUUCCUAAACAGAGUUAUGAUAUAUCCCUAGCUUACUUUGAA